CGGGGCGGGAGACAGCCAAGCUACAGCGGGAAAGAGGAGAGUGAGAGGGAAAAAAAAGGACAAGGACAACCAGAGGCAUGGAGACAGAAGGAGCUGCAGCAUCUUCUGAGAGGCAGCUCUGUGACCUGCGGAGCCGUGAACGCCACUGAAAGAUGAUUGUUCUCCAGCAUCCCGUGGUCAUCUCUACAAGACAUCUGAAAAGCUAAAGAGAUCACAUUGGAAGAAUCGUGGGUAUGCAGACUCAGGCCUCCAUGGUGAUGGGCAUCGUCUUCGCCCCCUUAGGACUGGUCCUGCUCUUCACCGCAGCCAUCACGCCCCAAUGGAGAGAAGGCCAGACCCGUCUGGGCCUUGCCAGGCCGGGCUCGCUUCUCCGAACCAUCGUGAAAAGCAACGGUCAAGCCGGGGUCAAGUCGGGAUCCGUGGACUCGCUCCUCUUAGUGCGCUCCGAUGGACUUUGGGAGAGCUGUCUUCAAGUGGAGCUCUCGGAGCUGAAGCAGUGUUGGCCGGUGGCGGGGUCCUAUCAGCGGGACCGGAGGGUCCGCCUGGCGCAAGGCUUGGUGCUGACCUCCUUGUUACUGUGCGGCACCGGCAUCGUUCUGGCCUGCAUCGGCGUCCGCUGUUGGACGGAUCUACCGCUCCGAGGGGUGGCGGCUACGGGUGGCCUCCUGGUGGUGAUGGCGGGGGUGCUCAGCAUGAGCGCCUUGGUGGUCUACACCCACAACCUGAAGAGGCUUGGGAUGGAAGGCGCCCGGCAGGAAGUCCACAACACCCGCUUACCUCAGCUGAGCUUGAGCCCGGCCGGCUCGCUCUACUUCGGCUGGCUGGGUUCAUGCUUACAAGUGCUGGGAGGGGGCGCGCUCGUGUUUAGUUUCAAGCGACCCAGAUGCCAAACUUGCCCGGAGUUCGCCGCCUGCCCCGCUUGUCGCCGCUGCUCACAGAUUCACAACAAGCCUGACUCUGAUGUUUAUGAAGUCAGCUGUUAGCUUCAUUUUGGCCUUUCGCUUGCAUCCAGUGAUUCAGUGAGUUGUGCAGCCGCUGCUGUCAUUUGUCAAGCCAGACUUUGUUCGUUGUUGCAGGACUGGAGACUGAUCUUGCAAUGUUUAUUCUCGUGCGGCCUUCUACAACCAUGCUUUGUACUGUUAAAAGGGUAAUGUACUUUUAUUUAUUUAUUUUUGAAUAGUGCCUACUGUAUCAUUCACAAUGUGGGACAAGAACACAUGUCUUUCCCUUAUUUGGGUGUUCUAAAUAGCAAAAAACUGCUAGUAAGAAGCGGCUAAUGCUGAUACAAUCGAUUCCGUCUAUAAAGCCCUCUAAAAAAACAUCCGGUAACACUUUAGUAUGGGGAACAUAUUCACCAUUAAUUAGUUGCGUAUUAACAUGCAAAUUAGUAACAUAUUGCCUCUUAA